AUGCCCUUUUCGGAGCCCGUGCGCACGGGCCUCGGCGGCGAGCGGCGGCUUGGUUCUGCACCACGCCACGACGAGCGGCGGCGCGGAUCUAUCCCGCACAACGGCGGUGGCUUCGGCGGUGAGAAGACCAUGAAGAUCCCGCCGCCCUUUGACUUGGCUAGGGUUAGGAGGAAGAAAGCCAAGGACAACAACAUCCAAGCGGGUGAUGGCCGGCUUGUGGCCUUCUCGUACAGAGAACUGCGUUCUGCAACCAACAACUUCUCCGAAAAGCUCGGGCAAGGUGGCUUCGGCUCCGUCUUCAAGGGGCAGCUCCGCGAUUCGACCGCCAUCGCGGCCAAGAGGCUCGACAGCAGCUUCCAGGGAGAGAAGCAAUUCAGAGCUGAAGUGAGCUCGCUCGGCAUCGUCCAGCACAUGAACCUGGUGAAACUUGUCGGCUUCUGCUGCCAAGGCGAGAACCGGUUCCUCGUCUACGAGCACAUGCCGAACCGGUCCCUCGACGUCCACCUGUUCCAGAGCACCGGCGGCGGCGUGUUCCUGGACUGGGCCUCCCGGUACCAGAUCGCCGCCAGGGUCGCCAGGGGCCUCGCCUACCUCCACGACGGCUGCCGGGACCGGAUCAUCCACUGCGACGUUAAGCCGGAGAACAUCCUCCUCGACGAGUCGCUCCGCCCGAAACUCGCCGACUUCGGGAUGGCCAAGCUCGUGGGGCGGGGCUUCAGCCGCGCGCUGACCACCAUGAGGGGCACCAUGGGGUACCUCGCGCCGGAGUGGAUCGGCGGCGCGGCCGUCACGCCCAAGGUCGACGUGUACAGCUACGGCAUGGUGCUGCUGGAGCUCGUGUCGGGGAGGAGGAACGCCUCCGGCGGCGUCGGCGAGGAGUGCCGCAGCACGGGGGCCUCCGGCGGCGGCGUGUAUUUUCCCGUGAAAGCGGCGAGGGAGCUGGUCGAGGGGGACGUGGGGACGCUGCUGGACGAGAGGCUGCGCGGCGACGCGGACCUCGAGGAGGUCGAGAGGGCCUGCAAGGUGGCGUGCUGGUGCAUCCAGGACGACGAGGAUGACCGGCCGGCGAUGGGGGAGGUGGUUCAGAUGCUCGAGGGCGUGCUGGACCGCGGCAUGCCACCGCUGCCGAGGUUGCUGGAGGCCAUCUUGGGAAGACCACACUCGUCAACGCAACAGACGACAACUGUUUCAAAUACGUCAGCAACCUUUACUAGUGCUAGUGGAUCAUCACAAAAUUAA